AUGGCCCCUCGCAGGAGAGACGACGGCGAGAACGACGUCGACCGUUCGGCGGAGUACUACAUUCAAGAACGCAACGCAUUCGAUAAAGGCAAGGUCAACAAGCGAAAGUAUGGGGAUUCCAGCGAGUACUUGCAAAAGAUGAUCAAGCAGCAGUGGCAAAAGUACUUCGACCUGGGCUGCUUCUUCCGCUGGCUCCUCCGGGAGAGUCGCGGCAGCAUCGACUCGUCCCGAAGCUUGCAGACGUACUGGAACGUCCUCUGCAUCGUGCGCAGGCAGGAAACUGGCCGCAUCGACAUCGAUCCCGUCGUCAAGCAUCAGAUGAAGAACGUCAAGCAGCAACUGGUCGAGGAAUUCGGGUUGAGGACCGAACCAAAGGAGAAGUGCUCACUACUAUGGCGCGUUUUAAAACCACAUCUAGGCGAUUAUUCUGAUUGGUCAGAACUGAUCGAGUGUCGACUGGUCCCUGCGGGACCAGCACGCCUGGCGCCGCGCGAUUUUCGUGAGCAAACCGGCACCACAACGCUUAGCUCCGAACAAGGACUCUUCGAGAACCCAGCUACUUUCAGAGAUCUUACUCCUAUAUCCGACAUCACGGAUAGCCACGAUCUAGCUAAGCACUGUCGGGACAAUAAUGACGGGACAGGAUCGGGCGUUGCUGCUGGAGAUUACGAGGUUGACUGCGACCAAAUCAUGAUCGAUUUGGACGAAGCGGAUCCACGUUGGACCGGAGGCUCUAGUACUGCCGGCGACAAGCCGGAGACAACAUCCGAGUCCAUCGCCAUCUGUGUAGGUGCACAAGCCGCCAGAGUCACAGACUUUUAA